AUGGCGCCGGCUGAUCUCCCGCCAGGCUUUAGGUUCCAUCCAACUGAUGAGGAGCUUGUUAACUACUAUCUCAAGAGGAAGGUCCAUGGACUCAGCAUCGAGCUCGACAUAAUCCCCGAAGUAGACCUCUACAAAUGUGAGCCUUGGCAGCUGGCAGAGAAAUCAUUCCUGCCUAGCAGAGAUCCUGAGUGGUACUUCUUUGGGCCAAGGGAUAGGAAGUAUCCCAAUGGAUGCCGCACAAACCGCGCAACCCAAGCAGGAUACUGGAAAUCGACUGGCAAAGAUCGGCGGAUCAACUACCAGAACAGAUCAAUUGGUAUGAAGAAGACAUUGGUCUAUUACAAGGGUCGAGCUCCUCAGGGGCUCAGGACCAGCUGGGUGAUGCAUGAAUAUCGCAUCGAGGAAAGUGAGUGUGAGAACACCAUGGGGAUUCAGGACUCAUUUGCACUGUGUCGGGUUUUCAAGAAAAACGUGGCAUUUGGUGAAUUUGAGAAGAAAUAUGAGUGCAGCUCAUCACAGGCUAAAGGAAAUCAAGAGCAAUUUACAAACUUCAGGGAUGCCGGACAGUCAUCUGGUUCAAAUGAGCAUGGUAAAGACAACUCAUGGAUGCAGUUCAUAGCUGAUGAUCUUUGGUGCAACAAAGCAAAGUAAUGGAAUCGACAAGACCAGUUAUUUAACUUCAUCUAACUAGAAAUUCCGUUAUCAGUUGUACCGUGACUUUGUAUAUGUUUGAUAACAACACAUCUCACUUCGGAGUUUGGACAGGAUGACCACCUAAGUAUGGACUCUUAACUCUUCAUGUAGGUUCUACUUUUCCUCUUGUAGUACUGUAAUAGAUAAACAUCCUUCUUUGUACUUUACGUUUCAGCUUUCCUGUUUCUAUCAUCAAACACAGUGAUUUAUAGUGAAAAAGGUACGAUACAGAAGCAGAAAUCUAAUUUGAUGCAUAUAAAUUUUGUACUCCUAUAUACGGUAUUAAUAUCAUUUGACAGUAAAGGCCACCAAAAGUUGGCAAUCCCCAUAGUAAAUAGAAUAUGACCUUCA